AUGUCUACAGUUCUCCUCAUAGGAUCCACUGGAAUGGGAAAGAGCACCUUUGGAAAUUAUCUUCUGGAUCCUGACAAGAAACAUAUGUUUCAGAAUCCAACCUUUCCUAUGGCAAAAGACAGCAAAUCAAUGACACAAGAAGUGAAAGUUAUAAGUAAGCAGGUCGAGAUCGAUGAUGGUGGAAGCGAGACUCUUACCAUAAUCGAUACCCCGGGGUUGAAUGAGAGUGCUGAAAAAGAUUUAGCUCACAUGAUCGAUAUCAUAAAGAAGUUAAAUGAAUGUGAAGAAAUCAAAGCUUGUAUUCUCGUUGUUAAAUUCAAUGCUAAAAUUGAUGCACAGUACAAAGCAACAAUAGAAUACUACAGUAAGCUCUUGCCUGGUCUGUUUGAAAAAAAUGUCAUUAUCGUAAUGACCGACUUUGCAACAGAUGAACGAUCAGAAGAACUAAGAAAAGUGCAGGACAUUGAUGUUCACAAAGUAGAGUGUGACACGGUGGCAGAGAUUAAGCAAUACUCCAAUGUAUCGUAUUCACCACAGCUGUUUAUGAUCGACUGUCUUCCCUUGACCAAUGCUGAGAUGGAGAUAAGUCAAAUUGUACGCAAAGCAAUUCUCGAUUUCAUAAAAGUUUUACUACCAAUAAACGUCAAAAACCAAUUAGUCGCAAAAACACAUUACAUUAAACAGAAAGAUGCUGAAAAGUAUGAAAAGCUGCAGGGAGAAAUAGAGGGAUACAAAAAAGGAUUAAAAGAACAGUAUCAGGAUAGUGACAAGGUUCUUGAUGAGGCCCACAAAAAAGGAAUGGAAAUGACUCAAAUAGAAAGUAAAAUAAAAAAAUUGGAGACAAAUUUGCAAGACAAAGAUACAACAGAUGAUGUUGUGGCAGCAAAAUGGUCCAUCAAUGAAGAAUGGAAAUUCUUAAAUCAACUUGAAAACGAUUUUAACGUUGAAUCAACAUAUGAAAUUACACAUCAUGCCACAUGGACAAAUGGAAAUAGCAAGUUUAUUGAGGUUACUACGACACCCAAGUCAAUCAAAGGAAAGGUUAAAGGGAAUUUUAUGCGUGGGAUUUAUGCGUCAGUUACUGCUUAUACAGAAAAGAGAAUAAAAUACGCCGAGGAAAUUACAGAAUUAGAAGGAAAAAUAGCGAAAGAAAAAGAUUCCUUUGAAAAAUGCAAAAAAGGUUGGGAUGAAUUUCGAAAAUUGGAGAGAGAAAAAUCAGCUGAAAUAGAAUUGCUUGAAAAAUGCUUUGAUGAAAGGAAUAUCGAGGCUGCAAAAUGCUGUUCAGAUUUCAUGACAUUGGAUGAAGCUAUGACAAGAUUGGAUGAGUUGCGAAAAAGUUCUUGA